CAUGCUGCUCCUGCACCGUGCUUGUGAAGGGGAGGCCACAGCCACUUGAACACAGAAUGAACGAACCUUAUAGUCCAACGACGCCUCGACCUAUCAGUACCAGCUCACCUAACACCAUGAAAAUUUUUAUGUGUUUUCUUAUUGUAUUUAUUAUAGCACAGACUAUUGGGACUGUACUUUUUUGCUUAUAUCUUCACAUGAAACUGGAUAAGUUAGAACAGGAGUUGAGCUUACAAGAAGAUUAUUUGUUCCUCCGAAGAAUACAAAAAUGUCGGAAACCAGAAGGUGUGAGCUCAUCAUUAUUGGACUGUAAGGAGAUCAUAAACAGAUUCCAGGAUCUGCUAGUCAAGGAUACAGAAGUCAGCAAGGAUGAUGCAAAAUUUGAAAUGCAAAAAGAUGACAGGCAGCAACCAAUUUCAGCUCAUCUAAUGGGGUUCAAAAACAGCACCAAGAAAGUAUCAGUUUUACAAUGGCAGAAAACUGGGUAUGCCCCUAUGAGCAACCUGAUAUCCUACAAAGGAGGGAAAUUGAAGGUGGAAAAAGAAGGGCUCUACUACAUCUACUCCCAGGUCAGCUUCUGCACCAAGACAGCACCUGGGGCGCCAUUUACAGUGUUUAUUUAUUUGAACCUACCAUCAGAAUCUGAUCGGCUCUUAUUAAAGGGACAGGAUACACACAGCUCAUCCAGUGUUUACUGUGCCCUACAAUCCACUCACGUGGGAGGAGUGUUUGAACUCCGGAAAGGUGACGUGGUGUUUGUUAAUGUGACGGAUUCGACUCAAGUGAACUAUGAUCAUGGAAACACAUACUUUGGUAUGUUUAAACUCUAUUAAAAAGUGACCUGCCAUGAAGAACAGAACUGCAGGAAGCCCAAUCCCAACUUUGUUGAACAAAGUGAAUCCUGGUUUCCAAUAUUUAUGUUCCUCUGCAUCUUUAGUUUUCUUGUAUCUAGUUCUGUAUAUUUUGUUAUUUAUUAAUGGGGGCAGAAUGAGCCCUUAGAACAGAAACAGAACAAAGUUUGGAGCUGUUACUAUGUGCACUUUGUUCUCACCUUUACUCAUUGUGGAAUGUCUGUACACAUCUGUAUCAUAUGUAUUUAAGCCUUCCAUGCCCUGUGUGCUAUCACUUGUCUGACAGAGUGGAUAUGCUUAUUUAGUAGAACAUAAUAUGAGUGUUUCUUUCCAAACAACAUUACGUAUCUCUCAGGGGACUCCAGUCAGAUAGAUUAUAUGUACCUCUUUUUCAAUCUGCUUAUAAAGUAACAACGGAAAAACUUUAAUGGUUUAGAAAUAUCUUCUCUAGGAAAAAAGCAAUCAGCAAAUUGCCAUCCUUAAGCGGUAACUGCCAAUGACACAUAUUUACCAUUUAAAUCGUAUGUUUCACCUGAAGUCUCCCUUCUUUUCAUCUCUGUAUAUGUACAAUAUACAAUUAGCAGAGAUUUGUACCUUUUAUAAUCAUAUGAUAUUUGCUGGGGCUUGUUCACACUGGGUGAAAUUCACUCUGGAGCAGAAGGGCCUGCGCAAGGUCCAUGUGCUACUCCUGUCCUCAGAACAAGGCUUCAGUGAGAUGUAAAUAGUCCUCUGCCCCAGGGUGAAUUUCAUCCACAGGCCUAGACUGUCCUGUAUAGAUUAGUGAAUGAAGGGGCACUGCUCAUGGAACAACCCACACCCAUGUGGAAGGGAGCCUCAGCCACCCUCCCCGUAGCACGACCCCUCUUCUAAGCCCCCUGGACAGUCCUCCUCCAUUGGCCCUUAUUCCACACUAGGGGAAGAAAUGAGAAGGCAGAAGGCUAGACCAGGCAAGAUCCCUUGUCCAGUCCUAUGAUACACCUCCAAGCUGUAUUAUCUAUUGUGUAGCACCUCCCCUGGACAUUUUGGGGCUACCACUGCCAGGGUAGGUCCUGUUAGAGAGGCUCUAUUGGGGUCACUAGGGCCAUAGCUGGUGCAAAGGGACUGGACCUUUAUGGACAGGCCCCAGAGCCUUUUCCAUGUGGGAAUAAUGGGUAAUAUGGGAUGUCCUUGCUGAGAUUUUCUCCCCGAGAUCUUUCUCCCAUGGACUGUGUGAGAGGGUGAUCCGGCCCAGAAUAAAUUAAGACAGUUACAUAGCACCUUGAACCCAAAGAUCCCAAAAACCAAGAAACUUUUAAGGGUCCUGAUCCUGGAACUCUGACUCACUCAAGUAGUACUCACUCAUGGGAGUAGCUCGGCUGAAGUAAAUAAAAUUGCUUGUAUAAGGGUUGCAGGAUUGGGACACAGGAUUUUUGCCUGAGUGAAGAUUGCGAGAUUGGCCCAUACAGCAUAGCAUGGUCACUUGCCCCAUCUUCAAUAUGUAGCCAUCUCUGGGAUGGAAAGCAGUAGUCUUUACAUGCAGAAUAUACCAAUACCAGUGACUGUGGAUUUAAGGCCUGAUGCUGUACCUAUGGAUGUCAAUGGGAGGCAUGCUCAGAAUCUGCCAGUAUAAUUUAUAUGUAGUGUUGGUGGCAUAACUUUAUUAGAGAAUGGAGUCAGUGAAAUGUUUUUGUUUGAUGAAUUGUGUAAAAACUAUUUAUUUAAUUAAAGCUGUAUUAUAUUAAUGGACAAAGGGAGUGAACAACUCAAAGUUGCAUUGAAAAACAGAACAAUGACUGUUGUUAUGUUUGUUCAGUAAUGUUGGAGCCCCAGUAUUGAAUGUUGAGUUCUGAAGUGCUAAAGAGGAAGUGCUGCGUUGCUUACACAUCACAGCACUGAGCUAAUUUGCAGUCUCGCUACAACAGUUGGUGUAGAAUUCUGCAUACUGUAGUGUUACAAAUAACAAACCAUU